AUGUAUUUUGAGGCACAACAGACAAAUGAUGAAAGGGAAUUAAAAGAUACCGAGGAAAAAGAUGCAAAAGAUCUGUUGACCAUGAAUAAAAGUACUACUCAUCAAAUAUUUAAAAGCCAAGAAAUAAGAACAUCAACCAAAGUUAUUACAAAAUCUUGAUCAAAAUCGAGCGGAGAAAAAUCUGAAAUAUCAGACUAUAGAAACAGUAAUUAUAUAAUUAAUAGAAGAUCAAGACAAGGGAUUAUGGAGGCGAAUAAAAUUAUUAAGAAUGAAGCUGAAAUACAAACCGAUGAAAGAUAUUUGAAGGUAUUGAAGGGAAUACAUUGCUUUUUUUACAUAAUAGAAUUUAAAAUGAAAGAGAGUUUAAAAGAGUGCUUUCUUAGUAUGUGCAAGACUAAUAGUAUGAAUCAAAUAUAUCAUGCUUUGCUUUUAAUUGCAGUUAAGCUUAAAUUACUUCUAAAUAGAAGUUUUAUGGGAUGGAAAAUGCAAUGAAUUGCUGAGAAAACUAGAAAUCUACAGAAAUCAACACUCUCAUUAGAAAAUUUGAAUAUAAACCAAAUUUGCAUCAAUAAGUUAUUUCUAGAAAAAAGUGAGAAUGAGACUCAAACUAGCACAUCCUUUAUCAAUAUAAUCAAAUGAUUAAAUGCAAUGGUGCAUAUACUGGAAUUUAAUAAAAAAAUAAGCUUGAUUGUAGGAUUUUCAAAAAUUUCCCAAUUCAACUUGAAAUCUUUAAAAUUAAGGGCUAUAAGGAUAAUAGUUCGUUUCCCAAUGCACGCAUUAAAGCAGGCAUUUUGCAAUUGAUCAUUAUUUAGCAUUAGAGGAAGUGAAAAAGAAAGAAAAAUAUCAAAUCUCCAAAUAGAAUCUUUGUCUGAGCUAACAAAUAAUUUUUAUAGAGCAGCAGAGAUUGAAAGAGAAGAUAUUGAAAUACAGACAGAUAUGAACUAUUUUGACUCUAUACGUUCAAUUCAGUGCUUAUUUUGUAUUUUUGAUUACAAGAGAAAAUUAAUCUUAAAAGAUAGCUUUUGCUCUAUUGAAAAUGCUAGUGACUUUUCUUCCUUCAGAAAAUCUUUAAGAAGGUUGAAUAGUAAAUUAAAAACGGUUCUAUCUCAUGCAUUCUUGAAAUGGAAAGUAAAAUGUGAUUGCAAAUUCUAUGUAAACAUGAAAAUUGAUAUUCUCAAUAGAGAGCAAGUUGAAAGAGAAUUGAUAUGUAAAGGAUUUCUCAUAUUAUUUAAAUUUGAGUACAAAUACAAAAUUUUUGCAUUUUCUACGAUUCGAAGGGGAUGCUUGAUAAAAAAGCACGAUUCUGAAGUUGAGUGUGUAUCAAACCAGUUUAAAUUACAUAAAGUUGACUCUGCAGCUAGCCAAAUAUAUCGGCUAAUGAAAAAGAUUAGUUACAUAAAUACUCAAACCUGUUUUAGAAUAUGAAAGGACUGUAUAUCUGCACUAAAAAUUCUAUCAUUAGAUUUAGAACUUUCUUGUGAGAGAGCCAAAAAAGCAUGCUUAUUUUUUCUUUAUAUCCAAAGUAAAUUGAAAAAGCAAUAUAUGUGAAAAUAUUUUUAUAAACUCAAACUCAACGCUAUAAAAUUUUCCCAACAAGUCUGUCUAAACAAACUUGUUGAGAAAGAAAAAUUAAUUUCAGCUACAAAAAUUGCAAAGUUGCUAUAUUUGCUUCAUUUUAAAAGUAAUCAAAAAAUAUUCUAUAAUUUGAAAAUCUUUAAUUUACAAAAAGCAUAUUGAAUAGCUAAAAGAAAAUCAAAGGCAAAAUUUUUAUUUUCUCUUUGCAAGCAAAAAUGGCUUAUAAAGAUGCAGGCUUCACUUUUAUUAUGAAAAAUAAAUUGAAAAACUCAUCAAUUAUAUUCAAUUCGUGAUUUAUUAAAUGAUAUUAAAUCAAAAAAGAUUGAACUGAACCAAUCAAUUACAAAUGAAAGAAAGGAGCUCGAUGAACUAGACAAGAAAAUUAUAUUUCAGCAAGAAAUUAUCAAAGGCCUCUUAAAUGAGCGCGAUGAAGUGGAUCAGUUUAGUGAAAGCAGUCAGUCUCAAGACACAACUCGUUGCAAUGACAGUUCAGCUUUUACUCCUGUGAAAUCUUCAUGUUCCUAUAAUAAUCUUACUUCUCCCUCAAUAACUCCUAUCCCUAAAUCCAUUUCUCGAUCACCAUUGAUCUCCGAUUUUUCUCUUAAAACACAAACACAUACAGAUAAAUCUCCCGCUAAAAAGGCUCUUCACAUACAGUACAAAUCAACUAAUAAUUCCUAUGGGUUACUUAUGGCUCUAGUUGUUUUUAUUCCCAUCAUAAUUUGCAUUUUUAUGUUAUUAUCUUAA